UCCGGUUUCACCUCGGAGUUUGCUUGCUCUCCUUCCACCUAAUCUAUCUUUGUCUGCCGACUCUUGUCCUGUCCUGCACAUACUCUCUUUUUACAUCCCAGCAGGCACGGGCUCUUUACUAGUACUACUAUGGCGCGCCAGAAACAGUCGGCGCCUCUGCAACGCGCCACAGCGUCGGAGCUGAUGCAUAUGCCUCCGAAUGAGUCUGGGUCGCCCAUCAAGGCGACGAACGGAAACAGUGCCAAAUCCCCCGUCGCGAAUGGAAGUGCGUCUGGACACCAGGCGGCGCAGGACGCCGCGCAGGAGACGCCCGGCCUGUUGCAGCUCGCGAUGUGUGUUCUGGGGAUUUACGCCUCGUUUCUUUCCUGGGGCGUUCUUCAAGAAGCCAUCACCACCGUCUCGUAUCCCCUUCAUACUCCAACCGCCGAGGUUCCUGAACCGCCCACGGAACGCUUCACCUUCUCGAUUGUCUUGAACACCAUCCAGUCUACAUUCGCCGCCAUCACCGGCCUGCUGUACCUCUUCUUUUCGACCCCGUCCGGCCAGAAGAUCCCCUCCAUCUUCCCGACCAAGAAAAUCAUCUUCCCUCUCUUCCUCGUCAGCGUUUCCUCGUCUCUCGCGUCGCCUUUCGGAUAUGCCAGUCUCGCGCACAUCGACUACCUCACAUUCAUCCUCGCCAAGUCAUGCAAGCUGCUCCCGGUCAUGUUCCUCCACCUGACGAUCUUCCGCAAGAGGUACCCGCUCUACAAAUACGGCGUCGUCCUCCUGGUCACCCUCGGCGUCGCCACCUUCACCCUCCACCACCCGGGAACAAGCAAGAAGGUCGCGGCAUCCGCCGCGGAAGGCUCCGGCUCAAGCAUGUGGGGGAUCUUCCUCCUGUCGAUCAACCUGCUCCUGGACGGCCUCACGAACACCACCCAGGACCACGUAUUCACCUCCCCGCACCUGUACACACGCUUCACCGGCCCGCAGAUGAUGGUCGCACAGAACGUGCUGUCGACGCUGCUGACGAGCAGCUACCUGUUCAUCAUGCCCCACCUGUCCUCGACCGGCAUCCUGCACGCCAUCCUCCCAUUCCCGAUCCCUCCCUCCACCGAGACCGAGCUGACCACCGCCAUCGGCUUCCUGUCCCGCCACCCCGAGGCCCUGAAGAACGUGCUCGGAUUCGCCGCCUGCGGUGCCGUCGGCCAGCUCUUCAUCUUCUACACCCUGUCUCGCUUCUCGUCCCUGCUUCUCGUCACCGUCACCGUCACCCGCAAGAUGCUGACCAUGCUUCUGAGCGUGUUCUGGUUCGGCCACUCGCUCUCGGCCGGGCAGUGGCUCGGCGUGGGACUUGUCUUUGGGGGUAUUGGUGCUGAGGCGAUCGUUCAGCGCCAGGAGAAGGCCGCCAAGGAGCGCGCAAAGGCGGCUAAAAAGGCGUGAACGUACUCUGUCUCCCAACUCAUCCUAUUCCAUCAUAUUUAUGAUUACUUUCUGGACAUGUACAUACAUUUUUUUUAGACCUGCUUGAUUAUAUAGACUCCAUCAUCAUCAUCAUCA